AAAUUUGACAGCUAUACAUACGGCUCGUCGGCUCGGCGCAUUGCCAGAGGUUUGAAGAAUGGCUGCACUCUUGCCUUCGGCUUCUCUGCUCCAAUUCACCAUCAAAGGCGAAUUGGGGGAUUGCAGAUUAGCCCAUUUUCCAAUUCGCGAUAAGAAGAGAGCCCAAUUUCAACAAUACAAGCCUUGUGUUGUAAAAUCAAUGUGCGCUGCGAAAUUUCAAAAGAAGAAAGUUUGGGUAUGGACGGAGAAGAAGGAGGUGAUGACCGCCGCCGUGGAGAGGGGCUGGAAUACUUUUAUCUUUCCCCAUCACUUCCGUGAACUCGCCGCCGAUUGGUCCUCUAUUGCAUUAUUGUAUCCUCUCUUCAUUGAAGAAGGAGGACUCUUUGAUGGCGAGCACAAGAAAAUCGCCGCUUUCUUUGAGAUUUCUUCGCCGGAGCAAUUGGAGAAGCUCCAACCAUUGGAUGAACUAGCAGAUAAUGUUGUCAUCAAUCUGCUUGACUGGCAGGUGAUACCUGCAGAAAAUAUUGUUGCAGCAAUUCAAGGCACUCAGAAAACAGUCUUUGCAGUUUCAAAGACAUCAUCCGAAGCUCAAACGUUCUUCGAGGCCUUGGAGCAAGGAUUGGGUGGUGUGGUUUUGAAAACCGAGGAUGUUGAAUCCAUCUUAGAGCUUAAGGAUUAUCUAGAGAGAAGAAACGAAGAAGGCAGUGUUUUGGAGUUGACAAAAGCCAGGGUAACUAAUGUUGAAAUGGUUGGAAUGGGGGACCGUGUAUGUGUCGAUAUCUGCAGCAUAAUGAAACCCGGUGAAGGCCUUCUGGUUGGAUCUUUUGCAAGAGGGCUCUUCCUCGUUCAUUCAGAGUGCUUAGAGUCAAAUUACAUUUCUAGCAGGCCUUUUCGGGUCAAUGCAGGGCCAGUGCAUGCCUAUGUUGCCAUUCCAGGGGGGAAAACUAGCUACCUCUCGGAACUGAAAGCAGGGAAAGAGGUAAUUGUUGUUGACCAAAACGGGAGGCAGCGAAUAGCCAUUGUUGGUCGUGUGAAGAUAGAGACUAGACAAUUAAUACUAGUGGAGGCAAAGAGAGAUGAAGACAAAGAAACUUCCUACAGCAUUCUGUUACAAAAUGCUGAAACGGUGGCUUUAGUCUCGUCACCUGGAGAUGGAAAUCAACGAAGAGCGAUUCCGGUGACGUCACUGAAAUUAGGUGAUGAGAUAUUGUUGAGAGUACAGGGUGGUGCUAGGCACACUGGGAUAGAGAUACAAGAAUUCAUUCUUGAGAAAUGACAUUAAUAUUCAUGAAUUGUUUAAUGCAAGAUUAUUUUUUUGUAGAUCAAAUUUUGUACAAUGCUCUUGUUUCACAUUUACCAUUGUGAAGUCGAAAUCCAACGGAUUGGAUUGGUUUCGAAAAAGUAUAUGACUUUUUUGAAGUAAAUUAUUUCCAAUUUUGGAAAAAAA